GAGCAUUAGUGACAUCUACAGAGUGAUGUAAACAAAUCCGAUGUAAUAACCUCAUGCUGAUGCGUUUCUGUAAAAAAUAAAAUAAUAACAUUUAAUUUACAUAAGAGAUGUACAUAAAAAAACAGCAGUAUAUUAAGAUAAUAUAUGCUUCGUUUGAACAUGCAUAAGAUUUUUAAUGAAUAAACAAUAUGGAUAAAAGUAAUUGCUAUAAUACACACUGCUUCAUUUCUAAAUAAAAGUGCAGUAACUUAAAUAUAUAUAUAUACAUAACGAUUUUAUAUUAUUUAUAAUAUCAGUGAAAAAGUUAAUAUAUAAUAUAAAUAAUGAGCUCUCACGGUAAAGCGGAAACUGAAAGAUUGAAACAAAAUUUGGAAGAUCAACUUGAUAGAUUAGUUCAACAAUUAGAGGAUCUUGAAGAAUGCAAAGAUGAAAUGACUAAUGAGGAAUACGAAGAAACGAAAGAAGAAACCAUGGAACAACUACGUGAAUUAAAUGAAUCGUUACAAAGAAUGAUUUCCGGAAACAUGACUUUAAUCAAUCAGUUUGGAGCAAUGCAAUUGGCAACUCAAGCAGCAAUCAGCGCAGCUUUUAAAACUCCUGCAGUAAUUAGAAUGUUUGGUAAGCGUGAACCAGAUCAACUUAGAGAACGUCUUACUCAAAUAGAACGAGAUAAUAAACUUGGAAAAUUAAAUAAGGAUGUUGCUGAUCGGUUACGUGCUGAAGUACUAAGCGCUUUGAGGCAACUCGGAGAAAAAUUGGAUUCAUCUGAAUUACAAUUGUUAGAAAAGUUUUCCUUAAAUACCAUAGAUGCAACAAGUUAUGUGCAAGUAACAGAGACCAUAGAAAAAGGUCAAAUGGCUUUAGAAGUAGUUGGUAAAGAAGUUAAAGCUAAUCAAAGUACCUAGAUUCUUUUUAAUCGUAUCUUAUAUAUCAAUAUACCUUUAUACUUUACUGUCUAUAUGUAUUAUAUAUAUUUUCAAUACGAUCUUUAAAAUAAUAUUCCAUUUACAUUUUUAUUAGAAUAUAUCUUAUUUUCAAAAUAUUAUACUUAUUAUUUAAAUUAUUUAUUAAUAACUUGUUUAUUCUGAAAUGGCGAUGUAAUUUCAAAAAAGAAAAAAAAAAUUAUAUAUAAAUACGAAUUAUA